ACAGCACUUGGCAGCCACACUCCCCAGGCGCGCUCCACAAAGAUCUGGUUGCUCCAGGAUAACUGCCAGCUGGGUAUACAGCUCCGGCCAGGAGGGCGCCCAGCGGCCCUGGGAGCCAAGGAGACAAAGGGCAGCUAGCAUUCACUUCUAGACAACCCCCGCCCCUUGGCUUGUUCCCCCCCAACAAGUCCUUGGCGGUCCUUGGCAGACUCGGCUGGAGCACGCAGUGGGCGGCAGGGGCGCAGCGGCGCCUGCAAACGCGUGUGUGUGCGCCCAAGAGGGUGCCCAGUCGGCGGUGCCCACUUCUGCAGCUUGGGUGGCUCGGGCCGGCCAGGCAGUAGCCUUUAGUGCACUCUUUCCUCCUGGCCAGGCCAGGCCCAGGCAGGCUGGCAGCCUGAAAGCAGGCGCAGCGCCCCUACCGCGCGUUUUCCCGCCUCCAUCUCCUCGGCCGCCGUCUCCACCUCCUACUCCUCCUUCCCCCAGCCACCCGCACAGUCACUACCGGUUCAGACUGGCCGGGGUGCCGGGCCCGAAGAAGAGAGACAAGGGGGCAGAAACAGGGAUUAACUUCCCAGGGAAAAGGAGGAGACAGAAAGAGAAGGUGGAGCCCAGAUGAAGGGCCGGCUUCCUCACUCCAUGUGGCCGUGGCCAAGGGGCUUGGCGGGGGUAGAGGGCGGCGGCCCCCGGGGCAGCGCAUAGCGACUCAAUUGCCCAAUACGCCGGCAGGGGCCGGGCCCCCGGAUAAAUAGGCUCCUACCGGCCUGCAGCUGCUGGAGAGAGCCACGACUGCAGUCCUUAUCGCACCAUUCACCCAGCCCGGCCUGGGCACUGCGCUCUGUGCUGCACCCCGGAACCCCCAAGCCGAGACCGGUGCUCAGACCUUCCAAGAAACGCUCCCUUGAUUUCACCGUACAAUGGAGCUGAAAAAAUCACCCGAUGGUGGAUGGGGCUGGGUGAUUGUGUUCGUCUCCUUCUUAACUCAGUUUUUGUGUUACGGAUCCCCAUUGGCUGUUGGAGUCUUGUACAUAGAGUGGUUGGAUGCUUUUGGUGAAGGGAAAGGGAAGACUGCAUGGGUCGGAUCCCUGGCAAGUGGAGUCGGGUUGAUUGCAAGUCCUAUCUGCAGUCUGUGUGUCUCAUCGUUUGGAGCAAGACCUGUCACAAUCUUUAGUGGCUUCGUGGUGGCUGGAGGCCUAAUGUUGAGCAGUUUUGCCCCCAACAUCUACUUUCUGUUUUUUUCCUAUGGCAUCCUUGUAGGUCUUGGAUGUGGCUUAUUAUACACUGCAACAGUGACCAUCACAUGUCAAUAUUUUGACAGCCGCCGAGGCCUUGCACUUGGCCUGAUUUCAACAGGCUCCAGCGUUGGCCUGUUCGUCUAUGCAGCUCUUCAGAGGAUGCUGAUAGAGCUGUACGGACUAGAUGGAUGUCUGUUGAUCGUGGGGGCUUUAGCCCUAAAUAUAUUGGCCUGUGGCAGUCUGAUGAGACCCCUCCAACCCUCGGAUGGUCCAUUGGUGGAAAACGGAGCUCUGGGAAAUAUCCCAGAUAGAUACUCCAUUUACAACGAGAAAGAAAAGAACCCAGAAGAAAAUACAAACAUCCUUGAGAAGAGCUCCAGUUGCCGGGAAAAGGGCAAGAGUCCCCUGGUCCUUGGGGGCUGCCAGCAGGACAGUCUGCUUCACGGAGCACCCAGCACCAUGACACGCACAAAAGAGCCCGAGACGUACAGAAAGAAAGUUGCCGAACAGACUUAUCUUUGCAAACAGCUUGCCAAGAGGAAGUGGCAAUUAUAUAAAAACUACUGUGGAGAAACAGUGGUUCUUUUUAAAAACAGGGUCUUUUCAGCACUCUUCAUCGCCAUCCUUCUUUUUGACAUUGGGGGGUUUCCACCUUCCCUGCUCAUGGAAGAUGUAGCAAGAAGUUCAAAGGUGGAAGAAGAGGAGUCUUUCAUGCCUCUGAUCUCCAUUAUAGGCAUAAUGACGGCAGUUGGCAAACUCCUUUUAGGGAUAUUAGCUGACUUCAAGUGGAUUAACACUUUAUAUCUGUAUGUAGUUACCUUAAUAAUCAUGGGCCUGGCCUUGUGUGCAAUUCCGUUUGCCAAAAGUUACAUCACUUUGGCAAUCCUUUCUGGAAUCUUAGGAUUUCUUACUGGUAAUUGGUCCAUCUUCCCAUAUGUGACCACAGAGACUGUGGGAAUUGAAAAAUUAACCCAUGCCUAUGGAAUAUUAAUGUUCUUUGCUGGACUCGGAAACAGCCUUGGACCACCAAUUGUUGGUUGGUUUUAUGACUGGACCGAGACCUAUGACCACGCCUUUUAUUUCAGUGGCCUCUGUGUGCUGCUGGGAGGGCUGAUUCUGCUGCUGGCAGCCUUGCCCCCUUGGGAUCCAUGCAAGAGACCACUCCCCAAGCCAGCUCCAGCCACGUUUUUAUACAGAGUUGCCUCUAAUGUUUAGAGGACUAUUACAAGAAAUUAUUUUUGCCACUUUAUACCUUAUAGCUAUAUAUAU